AUGGACUCCUCGAAGACUCUGGUUGUUGAUAACGGAACUGGGUUUGUAAAAGUUGGCUAUGCUGGAUCUAAUUUUCCACAAUAUGUAUUCCCUUCCGUUGUUGGACGACCUAUUCUUCGUGCAGAGGAAAAGGUUGGGAAUGUAGAAAUCAAAAAUAUUAUGGUUGGUGAUGAAGCUGCCGAACUUCGUUCGAUGCUUCAAAUGUCAUAUCCGAUGGAAAAUGGUAUUAUAAAGAUAUGGGAGGACAUGAAACACUUAUGGAAUUAUACCUUCAAUGAAAAAUUGAAAGUGGAUCCUAGGGAUUGUAAAGUUUUAUUGACCGAACCACCAAUGAAUCCAACAAGUAAUAGGCAGGAAAUGGUGCGAAUGAUGUUUGAGGAAUAUGGAUUUCAAGGAGUUUACGUUUCUAUUCAGGCUGUAUUAACUCUUUACGCUCAAGGUCUUCUUACUGGGGUAGUAGUCGACUCUGGUGAUGGCGUAACUCAUAUUGUUCCUAUUUUCGAUGGUUAUGCACUCCCACACCAAACACGUCGAUUAGAUGUUGCUGGACGAGAUGUGACGCGUUAUCUUAUAAAAUUGCUUUUAUUGAGGGGAUAUGCUUUUAACAGAACUGCAGAUUUUGAGACUGUAAGGCAAAUUAAGGAAAAACUUUGUUAUGUAAGCUACGAUAUUCCAUUGGAUCAAAAAUUGGCAAACGAAACUACUGUACUCGUCGAGAAUUAUACAUUACCUGAUGGUCGUGUUAUAAAAGUGGGCUCCGAGAGAUUCGAGGCACCUGAAUGCAUGUUCCAACCGCAUUUAAUUGAUGUUGAAAAAUCUGGUGUUGCGGAAAUGCUUUUCGAAACCAUCCAAGACGCUGCGGUUGACAUUCGUCCAGAAUUAUACCGGCAUAUUGUCUUGUCAGGCGGUUCAUCGAUGUAUCCUGGGCUGCCAAGCCGCCUAGAAAAAGAACUUAAGCAAUUAUAUUUAAAAAGGGUCGCAAAAGGCGAUAUUUCAAAAUUAAAGAAAUUAAAAAUUCGAAUUGAGGAUCCACCUAGGCGUAAGCACAUGGUAUUCCUUGGUGGUGCAGUUCUAGCUAACAUAAUGAAGGAUAAACAAUCUUGGUGG